UCCGCGUGUUUCCUUCCCGCGUACGUCGUUCUAGGUGGAAGUUGGUCAUGGUCGUCCGCCAAACGGAAAGCCGCCAUGAUGGCUUUCUGUAAAGUUCGCUCAAUAUCUAAAGUUUCGUUAUUGUUUUUCAUUAAUUGUGACUGAGUGUGUGCAAAAAUUAACCAUGGGAACGAACUAGAGUGUGUGAAGUUUGGUUUAAGGUCCUUUAGGACCUCCUAGAGGAGCAAAAAAGUGUUUUAUAAGUGCAUUUUAGUGUCGACGCUAAACGUGUUUUGUGCUGUCAACAAAAUGUCGAAGCUCUCGUUUAGGGCGAGGGCCCUAGAUGCGUCGAAACCAAUGCCUAUAUAUCUCGCCGAGGAGCUCCCGGAUUUACCGGACUACUCGGCGAUUAAUCGUGCUGUACCUCAAAUGCCCUCUGGAAUGGAAAAAGAGGAGGAAAGUGAGCACCACCUCCAAAGGGCGAUAUCAGGCACGGGGCUCAUCAUACCAACGCCGGAAGUGUGCGAGGUCAACGACCUCCAGUUCUACGAGAGAUGCUACCCGCCCGACUACAAGAUGCCCAAGCAGCAUAUACACAUGCAGCCGCUAUGGGAGGAGCAGGAGGCGCCGGAGUACGACAUCGACUCGGAGGACGAGAGGUGGCUGAAGCAGCAGCGGCACCUCGAGUUGACAGAGCUAAAGUUCGAGCAAAUGAUGGACAAGCUGGAAAAGAGCUCUGGCCAGACUGUGGUUACUUUGAGCGAGGCAAAACUCCUGCUGGAGAGGCACGACGAGUUGGUGACGGCGGUUUACGACUACUGGCUCAACAAGCGAUUGAACACGCAACAUCCCCUUAUUCUGUCGGUGAAGACUGAAAGUCGUCCGGGACAGUCGUCUAACAAUCCUUACUUGGCCUUCAGGAGAAGAACAGAGAAGAUGCAGACCAGGAAAAACAGGAAAAACGACGAGAGCUCGUACGAGAAGAUGUUGAAACUCCGCCGGGACCUUGCGCGCGCGCUGAACCUGCUGGAGCUGGUCGCGCGCCGGGAGGACGCUAAGCGGUCGCUCGUCGCUCUCACCGCUCAGUUGGCCGAGAAGCGGUACUCAGCCGGCGACUUCGCCAAUCAGCUGUUGCCUGAGACGCAAGUGCCGAGGCCCGCAAUAACUCUGCCCCGCGCGGCCGGCUACCGCCAUUACGAGACGCCGCUUUACACGUCCGCCGCUCCUCCGGACAUACCCAGACAGCGAGAGAAGCGAGCGUACAAAAAGCGGAAGCACAGACACGUGGCCGCCGGCGCCGCGCUCGGCCUCCGAGACUCUGGCGUGUACACGUCCUCGGAGGAGGAGACGCGGACAGAGCCUGCGUCGCCGCCGGACGACGGUGCGUUCGCGUUUCGUCGCAAACCCGGCUGUUAUUAUGAAAUGCCCACUAGUACUCUGUACGGCGAUCCAGUCGACACGGACAAUCCUUCCAAAGAUGGACUCUUCCAGCACGAAAUUGAUCCGAGGCAUAGGUUCACAUUAACAUCCCUAAGCGCCGACCGCUGUAUCGGCUUCGCCCGCCGCCGGCUGGGUCGCGGCGGCCGCGUUAUACUGGAUCGGGUUCAGACCCCGCUCGAUACGCUGUGGCGGGACAUCCCCUUCCGGGAUAGGCAGCGGCAGUUGCAAGAGGAGAAGGAGAGGGAGGAAAUCGAGACCAAAUCGCACCGGAUACCCAAAGAGAUAUCCAGGGACUACCACUCGGGUGGCAAGCAUCCGUGGAGGCACGCCUUCCGGACGCAUUUCAAACACAACCCCCAUCUGUGGUUAUCCGAGGAAAUCAAAAGUGAAAUCAAAAGUGACGUUAAACCGGAACCAAUUGAAGUGUUACCUCAAGACAGUGAUAUUAGUGUUAGUGCAAGGACUAUGGACGGUAUGGUGCGCGAGAAUCUGGACAGGGUGAUGCGCAAGCGCGUGUACAGUGACAGUGACAGUAGUUACGACUCUGACGAGAGUUUGCAUCCGGUCGAGAGGGAGUUCGAGCAGUUUAUAGACGAGGUUAAUAAGAAAUGGUUACACUUCCGACCGAAAACCCCCCCUUGUUCCCCGCCGCCGCCCCCCAGCCCCGAGCCGGAUCUCAGGCCGCUGUCGCCGCACGCGCUCAUCGCCUGCGAGCUGCGGCCGCAGGAGAAGCCUCCCUCCGAGGACCUCGACACCUUCACCACCAGGGAGUUCACGCUGGCAUCGCUCUACGCCGAUCUACCCAACGAGGGCGACGUCAGCGGCAACAGCCUAGACAUUAGCAACGAAGACCUCUUACCGGAGAACUUUACCGGACUCACCGAAGCCCAAGUGGAGAGCAUACUGUCCGAGACUGAUCUCAAGACCCUGGAGGAGGACAUGAAGGACGAGAAGAAGCUGACAGACAACAUCCUGGAUCUGGUCAGCGAUGAGAAACCUUUUUUAUUGCAAGGCCAGAGUGCGGACAGGCGCGCCGACUCUGGCAAGAAAAGCUACGCUUUCGGCAGCAGCGCUGUGCGCGUGUCGCAGCCGCCUAGCGAGCCCGUGCUGCUGCGGGGGGCCCGCCCCGGGGGCGACGACCUGCCGCCCGCCAAGGUAGCCCGCUGUCCCGCCGCCGCACACGGGCCCGCCCGCCCCGGGGGCGACGACCUGCCGCCCGCCAAGGUGGAAAAGAAGGAGGUGAUCGAAGAGGUCCAGCUCCCCCACGGCGUUCAACUCCAAACGGUGCAAACGGCCCAGUCUCCCCUGAAGAAGCACAUCAUCACCAGCGCGCCGCGGCGUGACGUCCAGCCGCAGAUAGUCACCGUCGCCGUUUCCGACAGCAUCAAGGUGCGUCUCCAGAACAACUUGCUGACCUCGACGUCGGGCGUGCUUCUGCCCAACGGGCCGUUCCCGUCGGUGGCGGUGGCCGUGCCCGUGCACCAUCAGAGGGAGACGCCCGGCGUGAAGCUGUCGGUGCCGGGCCGGCUGAAGGUGCUGCACGCGCAGCCGCUGUCGGCGGCGCAGGCGCAGCUGCUGCAGCGGCGCGCGCCCGCCGUGGUGUCGCUGGCGCCGCUGGCCGAGGCGCGGCUGAAGGCGGCGCCGGGCUCCGUGGCGCAGUUCUUCGAGAUCAAGGGCGGGCAGCUGGCGCGCGGCCCGCACCUGCUCAACGUGCUGCGCCCGCCGCCGCCGCGCCGCCCCGACGACAGGCGGCGGGAGCUGCCCGCGGCGGGUAAGCCGCAGCGGGUUUCCUUGGGUAUAGACGGGCGCGCGAUAGUCAGAGCCGCUUUACCCACACUCCCCGUACGGCCGCCGCGACAACAGAUACAAUUGAAAAGUAGACCGUUACAAGUGACCGAAGCGCGGGUGCCCAACACUGUCGUCGCGAAUUUACUGCAAAAAACGACAGUGCUGCCGCGGGCCGGGCCGAAAAUAGCCAUUUCCGGUCCCGGCGGGCAGCCGCUGUCGGCCAACGUGCAGGCGAUAGCGUUCACCACGGCGCAGCUGAAGGGCCGGCAGGCGCGGCUCAUUCCGCAGCCGCGGCCCGUGCCCGUGGCCGAGAUGGUGGAGGCGCGCGCGCCGGCCGCGUCGUCGUCGUCGCCGGCCGCCGAGGACGAGCCGGGCGCGGGCCGGCGGCGCGCCGCGGACGCGCUCAUGGAGGUCACGUGACACCGCCCCGCGCGCGCCGGCUAGUGUUCCGGGGGCAGCGGGGGGAUCUCGGUGUUUCAUUGUUUUUUUGGGGGCAGCAGGGGGAUGCUACGUUUUGAGUCCGUUACAGAUGAAAGGAUUUUUGCGUUUGGCUUGGUGGGAUUUCGAUUUUGGUUGAUGUGGUUUUGGCGAUUAUGAUUUAUUAGUCACGUCAAUGUCCGUUUCGGGGAAGACGGAGCUGACAGUCUUGAAGACUGAUAGGCCACGUUCAGCUUUUUGGCUUGAUGAUAGAUUUUUUUAUAGAAGAUUCUUAGUUUUUAUUAAAUUUCUUUACAGGAAAAAAUAGCAGAAAAAUUAAAGGUCUAUCUGGUAUUAAACGGCAUAGAAUACUUACCCUCUCUCUGGUUUUGGUUUGAAUAUGUUUAUUUUUACACAUAAAAUUACAAACAUGCUUUGAAAUAAUUUUUAAGCUCAAUUUUUUUUAACCUUUCAUUUUGUCUACUAUUAAUACUAAUCUGAAACCAAUAUUGUGAGUCACUAUGGGCCUGAUUAGAAUACAAACAUAUUUUAAAUAAUAUUAUCUUAAUUUUAUCAACUGCGUGUUCAUCAUCAUCAUUUUUUGGGCAUUUAUCCAAUUAUUAGAAAUGGUAAAUAUUAGUUUCAAAGCCUAAGAGCACUCUGUGAAGUAAGAAACUUUACGGGAAGUAAUGUUUUUUUUUUAAUAUAACCUACUAUUAGAAGUCCUCCCUUUGCCGAACAUAAAUGAACAUCCCUUUUCAUCUGUAAUUGAUUCCAUCAUCCCACAAAUGACGAGCACGUUACGAUCCCAUUAAAUGUGUAAUGUAUUGUGAAUUUAACAAUUAGUUGCAUUCAAAUGUGAUAUUAAAGAAUUAUGAAACUUAAUUUAAUUUCUUUAUUUUUCGUAACCUUGUUUGAGUCGCCAUUUUAAUUUUCGCCCACAAAAUGGCGGCGGCGCGGGAAACACUGCGUCGCUGAUAAAAAAAAUAAAUUAAAAAAAAAUAUCUAUGGUUAUGACAUUGUAUUAUCGUUCUAUUGUUAAAACUGGACGUAUUUAUAAUCACGGAUUUAAAAUUGAUAGAAGAAAUCAGUUUUAAAUUUAAAUAGCGAAAUGUUGAGUUCUUAAUUUAAAUAUAUUUUAGAGCUGAGUGCAAAUAGUACCUACAAUCAAUUCUUUGUAAAGGAUUUUCUCACACGAUGUCUAUGUAGUCUAACAAGUAGUAAGUAAUUUGCAUACAUACAUACAUACAUAUUGUCACGUCAAGUAAUUUGCAUUUUUAUUCCAAAUAUGUUCUAUUAUAUUAUAACGUUCCGUGAAACUUAUUUUCUGCCAUAACUUCAAUGCAAUUUUUAUUAAAUAGUGUUUUUGCUCAUGCUGUAUUAAGAUGUUAUACUAAAUUGGAUUUAAUUAAUCUACCGCGUCAUAUUCAUACUGUCGCGUCAGCAGCGUUAUCAGUCAUCAAGUGAGAAUCGUCUAAAGAAUAUUUUUGUACACCUAUUUAGAUCUUAUCAAUUUCUAAGGCACAAACUACACAGAAAAGCGCAUUGUAAAGGAAAAAAAAAUGCAGGAUUCUUACCGUGUUUUCUUUGUGGUUUAUGCCUAUGUGUGGGAUAUGAUUGAAAAUACUUAUAUACAUAUAUUAUAUAUUGGAAAUACAGUGUCCGGCGCGUAAGUUGAACCGAAAUUCUACUCUAUGGUCGCUGCGCAGAAGAAUUUUUAUAUGAAAAAUUGUUACUAAAUUUUAGGUUCAAGUUAUAUGCCGGAUGCUGUAUCUAUGUUUAGUUUCAAAACCAUUGUUUGCCAAAAGAAGCAGUUUUUAUUCUAUAAUAAUCUUUAUUGAAACAAAUGAAAUGUUAAAAAGUAAAAAAAAUACAAAUAAUUGUAAUUUUUUUUAAUCAAAAUUUGUGGAACCUACAAGUAAUUAUUAUUACGUGUAUAAUAUUGUCGUCUAGUUUUAACAAUAAAUAUUCCGUAGCUUUGAUAUUUGCUUACGCUGUCGAUGUCUUAAAAUGUAAAUGAGAACAAAGCAUAAUAAUUUAGCUAUGUUUUUCGUUUUAUGAAAAUAUUAAAAAAAAAUACAAAAAACAGUAAAAAAUAAUGGAAACACUGAAUAUUGUACAUUUUAAGACAAAAUAAAUGUAAAAAGGGGUUUUAGAAUCAAGAAGGAAUAAAAAGUAAUACGAAAUAUUUUUGACGUUAAAAAGCCGAACAUGUGAAUAUUGGCUCUGUCUAUUCCGUCACGGAUAAAGAUGUUAUGCGUGUGUGUCAAAAAAUAGUCCACAAUGAUAAUCGACACGCCUAAGAAAAUUCUUUUUAACGCUGUGUUCAUUACUUGAUUUUGAUGGACAGAAUCACACGUUCACUAGUAAUUGCAAUCUAAAAGGACUUGAACCAAACACCGUAGCAUCGCAAGCGCUACGCCGUUUUUAUCGCGCGAAUAACUAUCGCUGUCUCGUUUCACGUCAUAAUAAAAAGCGAAACGGCGAUAGCUCUUCGUGCGAUAAAUACGGCGUAGCGCGUGACGGGUGACUUUUUCAAUAGCAGUCAAAUUUUAGUACAUUAAUGUGAUUGACUCUUCAAAAAUAUCUCUAGUUGCUCCACUUAUAAUAGCGGUGCACUGAAGUUAUCAUAAAAUUUUACUGGUGUUGAAAAAAUCAUCCUGAUCAAAAUGAACCUCGGAUGUGGUAAUUUAUCUCGGAUAUACUUCGUUCAGCCAAAGAGUGAGGUACAAUUCUCGGAAUAGGAGUGGAACCAAAAUGGCGUGUUUUUAUUUAGGAGUUUGGCGUCCAACUUGUAUGUAUUUCCGUGGUUGCUAUUCCCCUCAAAUUUCUGACAAGCAACAGAUACGGGCUCGGACCUACUCAUGAUGAAAAAUUAUUAAAUUUUAAAUGUAAUAACAUCAAUGUUAGCGCUUGUUAGCUUAAGGUAUUUUUAUGAGUGGGUGCGGGUCAUACGAUCAUAUUGUUAAAAAAAAAUAUGAUCUAAUCUGGUCUAGGAAUUUUCUAAGCAUCUAUUGAACUGGGCCACGGAGAUCACAUAUAUGACAUAUGUCCUGUCUCUCAAUUUUUGGUCAUCUCAUAGUUAAUGAGACAUAAUAUUUUGGCAAUGAUAACCUCGCUGUCUCGAUGUGGUCACAGGACCCUGGGGUCCGGAUAGGACGCGUUUGAAUUGUUGGCCAUGACGAUUAUUCAAAAUUAUUUAAAAAAAAACAAGUCAAAUUAUUUAGUCCACGAUCAUAUAUAAAAAAUUAUGAAUAUGAUGAUACAACACUAUAUAAAUAUGUACUACUAAGAAAAGGGUAUUAUUAUUUUUGUGUCGGCAAAAAUUAUUAGGUUUUAUUGAAAUACACGCAAUGCGUGUGUACUUUUGAUUAACUCGUCUAAUGUGUUUUAGUAAAAUCUUGUACGAAUUUCAUUAUUCUGAUGCGAAUAAAGUAACUUUAGAAUGUGAUUGUAUUCUUUGGACAAAAAUAACUGCUAUUUUUUGGAAAUAAAAUCUUUACAAAUAUUUCAUCCGAACAUGGAUAAGUUAGUUUCUUCAAUUUUCUGAAAUUUUGUUUCAGAUAUUAAAAUAGGAAAUUUAAAUUGAACUAAUGUUAUUUAGUCUUUAUGCUCAUUUCAACAAGAUUCAAACGGAAAACACGCUUCCUGUGUUAAUAUUAAUCUUAGUUUAAUUCAUAUACUUCAUCAUUACUGUCUAAAUUUAUUUGCACUUAAAGUUUCUUUAGUCAAUUGUUUUGUUGACCCAAAAAUAUUAAAACUGCCGUUUCAUACAAAAUGGUAAUUAUGGUUUGCGCGUAUCUUACUAAUGCGCUGAGAAAUGGACAGAAAUAUAAAAAAUACUUUCUAAUUAAAACAGUAAGAAACAUACGCUGUAAGGAAUAUAAAAUGUUAUUUUUAGUGGCUGUGACAUAGUUAAUAUUUUUCUAACUGACGAGUGUCAAUAACGCCAAUAGCGCUGUCUCUUUCUUAAAUAGGAAAUACACAACACGAUAUAAAAAGUUGAAUUUCGAUAAUUGCCUAAUGGUUUCUGAUACUGAAGUUUUGAUAGGACAGACAAUUUAGUAUCAGAUCGUAAAUUAGCUUUAUUAGGACGUAGAGGACGCAAGUGAAAAUCAUAGUCUCUGCCUAUCCCCAUGGGAAACAGGCGUUUUAUCGAUUCCAUUCGAGACUAAAAUACAAUAAGGCGAUUAAAAUUUGCCGGUUUUUUUAAAAGAGAUUAUUUUCAUCCAAAGUUCUUUUGCGAGUUACAUAUAUGUAAUUAUGUUAACAUAAAAUUGUUAUCAAUUUUCAAAAUUAAUGUAACGGCUCGUAUUAUUAUUUCUGUCUACCACGUAAAGGUUAAAGACGUGAUGUGUGUAUGUUUUUUGAAAAGAAGCUUUGGCACUGAAUAGACGCUCAUUUUGCUUACGACGGGACAAAGAAUCUGGCAUUUGACCUCGUAAAAUAGUAACAUUCUGUAGAUUUACGUUAAGUUUCGUCGACGGUGGUAUAUAAAUGUGUAAUUUUGUGUAUAAUAUAACCAUUAAUUAUUGUGUAUUAUAUAGUUUUAUGUGUAUAUUGUUAAUCACCUGGCUGGAAAGAACUUAGUUUUUUUUUCUGAUGAGGGCUGGCCGUACCCAGUGUAAAAUAAGUCAUGUAAAUUAGUUUUAAAACGAACGGGCUUUUUAUAAUCUGCCAGUAAACACGGACUAAAAUUAAAAAAAAAAUGUAAAAUUUCCUACGAAAUGCCUGAACCCUGCAUUAUGUUCCAAUCAAUUAUAGUAAAUUUCUCUACAGUCAAAUAAGCUUAUUUUGAAAUACUUAAUUAGUAGUUCGUAUUUUAACGUGCAACCAAACAAGCAAAACAGCAUAAAUUUUAGGGAUCAUCGAAAGAAUAUUAAAAUAAAAAAAAAAAGAAAUUAUUUCUUAAGAAUAAGAACACUUUCGAAAUUUUAAAUGUUAACUUUAUGAGAUUUGCGCAUAUUAAGAUGGAGGGACGAUUUGUAGGUAUUUUCAAUAAUAAGAAACAAAAAUAUUAUUUUUUACGUAACAUGAUAAAAAAACUUCAUAAUAAUCAACAGUUAAACUUAAAGACAUUUGUAAUGUAUGUUUUUAAAUAACUGCUUAAUAAAAAAAAAAUAUGUAUUAGUCGCCUUAAAAUUCGUAGGGAACCCCAGUAAUAACCAGUUUUGCUUUUGAAUAAAAAAUAAAACCCAAAACUAAACAAAAAUAAAAAUUAAAAAAAAAUUGUUGCUACAGUGUAGCAUUAUUAAUAUGUAGCUCUUGAUUUAUAAAAAAAAAUUAAAAAAAAAUACCUACUACUCGAUUCUAACUAUCCAUUGAUAUAAAGAAAAAACUGUUAAAGAAACUACACUUAACUUUUAGAUGUCUCUCCUGUACGACUGUACAUGUAAGAAUAGUUGUUGAAUAUGACGCAGAAGUGAGAAUAAUAAUAUAAUACUUAAACCGAAUAUUUUUAGAAAUUUUUUAUAUUUAUUUCUCAAAUAACGAUGAAAAUAAAAAGAAAAAACCGCAAGUGAUCUUUACCAUCUGGCAAAAUUGAUUUAUUAAAAUGCUUAAUGUUAUUACCACAAGAAAAUGUAACAAUGUCUAUAUUAUUAUUGGUAUUUAACGUAGAUUCUUAGGAGUGUGUCCAUUAAAAUAUUAAAUACUUGUAGGCACCAUGUAGAUAGUGUUUAAUAAUGUGAUUUUACCAACGUUAAGAUGCGGAAUGUCUAACGAUUUUUAUAUUUCAUUAUAAUUAAAGAGAGAUUUGUUUUAAUUAUUUGGCACAUUCCUUCUUAAAUUCAACGAAAGCUAUAUUUUGUUUUAUUUCGUUAAAUGUACUCAUAACAGGUGUUAGACAAUCCGCCAUUUUGUUUAUUUGACGAUAAACGAUGUUAAAAUGUAGUUUCUUUUUCGGGAUCCAAUUCAAAUUUUAUCUUUGUCCGUUCAACUCACUUCUUUCUCAAUUAGAUAUUUUGCAGAAAAAUAUAAAAAUGUUCAAAAAUAUCGUGAUUACGAAUUUUAAUGUAACUAGAAACUAUAAUCCGUGGUAUCUCUUGUAAAUGUUUGUAAAAUUUUACUAAAUUUACGAGAGAAGCCACGGGUUAAGUAAGCUAUGCGAAAUAUAUCGAGUCGUGUUUACGCAAAUGUCCUGUUUUUCAAGGUUUAAAAAAUUCAGUGGGAUCUUUUUCAUAGCAUUUCAGAUGUGUGCUACGAAAAAUAUCUCGCAACAAAAAAAAAUAUGUAACGGUUUUAACUAUGUCUGUAUACAUAUAUAAUUAGUAAGUAUCAUAUACUGUACAAAAAGGCUGCAAAUUUGGGAAAAAAUGUAAAAAAAAUAGGCCUCAUUUUUUUGGGGCCGUUAACAUACGCUUAGUAAAAUGGUUAGGAACAAGUGUACCUCAUAAGUUUCUGAUUUCUAGUUUAGGCAAUGCCGAGUCGUUGACCGGACCCGCGCGAGCGGCGUAAAUCAUUUUUUGUCUACGCUAUGUGUGGUCUCAUUGCAAGUACGAUGUAGUACCUUAUUUUCUUGUAAAUAUUACUUUUUUUACCCUUAGUUUUAUUGUAGCAGCGUCAAAUCACGCUUUCACAACGUUCCGUGGGUUCGGUCAAAAACUCCGUUUAUUAUGAAAUAAAAAAAAUUGCUGUAAAUUGUUUGUAAAAUAGUCAUGUUCAGAAUUUCAAGUGUAGUUUUGUUGAUAUUUUUUUUUCAACUGGAAAUUGCUGAAUAAAGCGACGAUUCUGUUUCA